AUGGCAGCUGCUGCAGCCUCUGCUGCAGGGGACCCUGCUGCAGCAGGUGCCGCACAAGAAGCAGCAGCAGCAGCAGCAGCAGAGGCUCCAGCAGGCCCCGACGCAGCAGCAGGCGCAGACGUAGACGCAGCAGCAGCAGCAGCUCCUGCUGCUGCUGCAACAGCAAACACUGCAGGAGCCCCGGACGCAGCACCUCAGUCAGGCGGAGAUGCAGCAGCAGCAGCAACAGCAGCUGCAGCAGCAACAGCAGCAACGGGAGAUUUGUCUUUGUACGUGGAAACAGAUGAAGAUUUAUCCGAAGCAGAACUUUCUUUGACUCUGGGGGGCCUCAGGGGGCCCCCAACUGCAGCAGCAGAUCAGGGGUCCCCCCCCCAGGGGCUCCCCUGCUGCACUCAUAUAUACCGACUGAACCAGCAGCAGCAACGAGCCCACAGAAGCCGCAGGAACUUUGAGGGGGCCCCCCUCCCGCUGCUGCUGCCGCGCUUGCCAGCCUCUGGGGGGCCCCCUGGGGGCCCCCCCUGGGGCCCCUCCCUCGGGGCUGCUGCAGCAGCAGGCGCAGGAGACGAAGCAGCAGCAGGUGUUGCAUCAACUGCUGCAGCAGGCGCUGUAGGAGAUGCUGCAGCACGUGCUGCAGCAGGUGCUACAGCAGGUGCUACAGCAGGUGCUGCAGCAGAAGGCAGUGGGGAAGCAGCAGCAGCAGCAGCAGCCACUGAAGCUUCUUUCUGGAAGCAAGGGUCCACCCCGCUGCGUACCCUCAUGGAAAUGCUCUCAGCAGCUUCCUUGGGGGCCCCCGGGGGCCCCUGGGGGGCCCCCGGGGGCCCCCAAACCCAAAUAAGUACCCUCAGCUGCAGCAGCCCCAACAGAAGCUUCAGCUUUCCAAACUCUGGGGGGCCCCCCGAGGCCCCAAACCCCACGGUGGGUGACUUUGGCAGCAGAGGGGCCCCCAAGGGGGCCCAGAAGGGGGGCCCCCCGAUACCCCAGGGGACCCUGCUUCCCUUGGGGGCCCCCAGGGGCCCCCCAAUGGCCUGA